GGAAGGCGGCAAAGACUUUAAUCUGGGGACAGAUUCGGAUGCUCGGAGGGAGGAGACGUGCGUUUAUUCCGCCACAGCCCACGUAGACGGAGGAAGCGCGCUCGGACCCACCGCCGCACCGACCGGGAGAGGAAACACACGCCGAGGAUGAGGAGCCCGCCGUCGCUGCUGUGAUAUGUACGGAUUUUGCUUGGACCUUGGUCGCCUCUCGUAAGGAUUUAACAAAGCUUUUUUUUCUUCUUCUUCUUUUUUUUUCUUUUUCUUUUUUUUGUUUUUUGGGUGGCUUUGCUUUUGGCACGGCUUCAUCGAUGACACGUUGACUCUUUUUUGUUUCCCGUAACACACACACACACACACACACACACACACACAAACACACACACACACACACACGCACAUGUAUUUUUCGACCAUUUCAAUGAGAAUUGGGUCAUGAUCACAUCGCCCACGGUGUCUGUCCUUACAAGUAGCACCAAUCCAGCCUGGGAGAGCAACACUUCGGGGGAGAAGGGCGCAGUGAAAACCCACGAGCUUUUUUUCCUUCACUCCGUUUCUCCGUCAGAUCCUUUACGGCAAGCCAACCGUCUCCCCAUAAAGAUUUUGAAAAUGCUCACGGCACGGGCAGGACACAUUUUACACCCGGAGUACCUCCAGCCUUUACCGUCCACCCCUAUCAGCCCCAUUGAGCUGGAUGCUAAGAAAAGUCCCUUGGCUCUUUUGGCUCAAACGUGCUCGCAGAUUGGCAAGCCGGACCCGCCGUCUUCCUCCAAACUGUCGUCCGUCACCUCAAAUGGAUCUAGUGACAAGGAGACUAAAUCCGGACCGCUGAAAAUGAGCGACAUCGGAGCAGAAGAUAAAUCCAGCUUCAAGCCUUACUCCAAAUCGUCCGACAAGAAGGACUCGUCGAGCAGUCUGAGUGGAGAUAAAACCAGUUUCCGGGUGCCUAGCGCCACCUGCCAGCCGUUCACUCCAAGGACAGGCAGCCCGAGCUCCUGCUCCUCCGUUUCUCCACUGCCGUCGGAGGGCAAAGCGGGAGACAAGGAGGACAAGAAGGAGCCCGAUGGCAAUAAAAACGGCGCGUCAGAGAACGGUGGUAGCCACAGGAUAAGUGGGAUUAACUCCGACGUAAACCAGCACCAGGAGAAUACGUCUGGAUCCAAGACUGUCACAUCAUCAGACUCGACAUCCGUCACCUCCUCGUCCUCUGUUCUCGGGUCUGGACUGGUGGCGCCUGUUUCGCCGUACAAACCCGGCCACACGGUGUUCCCCUUACCGCCCGCCGGCAUGACAUACCCUGGAAGUUUAGCAGGCGCGUACGCGGGUUACCCCCAGCCCUUUCUUCCCCACGGGAUGACCCUGGACCCCACCAAGUCGGGCAGCCAGCUUUUAAGCGCCCAGUUUGCUGCUGCUAGUUCCCUCGGAUGCAGCAAGGCCGGGACGAGUCCCUUAGCAGGAGCGUCGCCUCCGUCUCUAAUGUCGGCCAGCCUGUGCCGAGACCCCUACUGUCUGAGUUACCACUGCGCCAGCCAUUUGUCCGGCGCGUCCAGCGCAAACUGCGCACAUGACUCUGCCGCGGCCGCCGCGGCGGCUUCGGCGUUGAAAUCCGGAUAUCCGCUCAUGUACCCCGCGCACCCUUUACACAGCGUGCACUCCUCCGCCCCGUCUUUCACCGGGCACCCGUUGUACCCCUACGGCUUCAUGCUGCCCAACGACCCCCUGCCGCACGUUUGCAACUGGGUGUCGGCGAACGGACCGUGCGACAAGCGCUUCUCCUCCUCCGAGGAGCUCCUCAGCCACCUGCGGACUCACACGGCCUUCGCGGGCUCCGACAAGCUGAUGUCGGGAUACCCCGGGUCGUCCUCGCUGGCCAACGCCGCCGCCGCCGCCGCCGCCAUGGCCUGUCACAUGCACAUGCCACCCGGCGGCGCACCGGGUACCCCCGGCACACUGGCCCUCCGAAACCCGCACCACCCGCUCGGACUGAGCAGUCGCUAUCACCCCUAUUCAAAGAGCCCCCUGCCCACCCCGGGGGCGCCGGUGCCGGUGCCUGCAGCCACAGGUGCAUAUUAUUCCCCAUAUGCCUUGUACGGACAGAGACUCACCACAGCAUCAGCGUUAGGCUAUCAGUAGAGACGAAUAUGAGGCAUACAUAACAUUUAUAAAGAUUUAGACCCAACGAGUAUAUAUAUAUAUAUAUAUAUAUAUAUAUAUAUAUAUAUAUAUAUAUAUA